AAACACUUGUACAGAAACUGCAAACGUUCAUCUGAGAGACUGUAAUGCAAGAGGUUGAAGGAUACGCAGCUCUAUUUAAUUCUGGAGAAUCAGUAACGACAAGUUGACAAGAUACCACCAAUCACAACGAAAGUAACUUACUUAACUGGCGGGAGACUACCGCUGAGGCUCCUAAUGGAUGAUGAGGAGGAGGACAUGUCUCUUCAGCAUCCUGCCUCACAGUGCUGGGGCACCCCCUUCAGGGACAUCAAGUUCCACACCAUGGACAGCAGAGGGUCCAGAGACGCCGGGGACAGAGGGGACACCCGGGACAGGUCUACACAGAUGUCGACCGGACCCAAUGCCAUUGUCCCGCGGUCAGAGGGACACAACAUCAUGGUUCCACAAGGGCACAACAACAACACUUUGCCCUGUGGGUUGCAGGACAAUCACCAGGCCAUAAUGUGUCUCCAUGGCAACACUGGAUUCUGUUUGCACUUCCCAGCUCAGUUUGAGCCUAUGGACGAUCAGGGUGAGAGGCAGAACGAUGAGGGGGAGGGUAGGAGAGAGGACGAUGAGGAGGAGAGAAGGAGAAUGGAGGAGAGACUAGAUGAAGAGCGGGUGGAGGAGAGCACGGAGGUCAGGAUCGGACGUAAGCUCCGGGAGAUCGGAGACCAGUUCCACCAGGACCAUGUUCAACUGUUCCUGCGGCAUCAGAGGGAUGUCCUGCCAGUCUGGAUGCAUCUCACGAUGGCCCUCUAUGGCUUCCUGUUUAACAGAGGGCCCCCUGCCAUACCCCGUCUGAGAGGACAGGAGAGAUGAGGGAGUACCUCGCAAAAAAAACCCUCCACCCGUCUCAGAGAGCCCCCCCCGGCCUCAUUCCCCCCCUGACCAAAACGAGGGACCAGACUUUUAGAUUGCACUGUAUGAUGGGACACGGGUUUGGAUUCCUGUUUUUGUUGUUUUUUAAAUCAAAGACGAAGAAGAGAAGAACUGGUUCCUGCUGGAUGGAGACUAGAAUCAUCUCUCUCUCUCUCUCUGUCCCUCUCUCUCUCUCUCUCUCUCUCUCUCUCUCUCUCUCUCCCCGCCUCUCUCUCUCUCUCCC